AGUCCGCUUUAGGAAAGUCAGUUCAGUGUUUUAACUGAACACAUUUAUUUAACACUGGAUUUGACUAAAGGAUAUGGGCAGAUAUCCUUGACUCCAAUAUACUUUUCAACUCCAUUUCGUUUACACCAAUUUGGCAGUCAUCCUCUUGGGUUAUUUAGAGCCCCAGACACCUUCCAAUGACUCAUGAACAGAAUUUUCCAUCCACACGCUUUUUAUUCCACUGCAUAUUGUCACUGAAGUCUAAUUAAAAAGUAAAAGUCAUUUCCUUUAAUCAAAGGUGUAGAUGUGGCAUGAUGACACACUGUUUUCUCUCCCCAUGCUGUUUUAUUUUUAGAAUAAAAUAAUAUGAUAUUAGUAUGAUAACUACCCUGAUCUUUGGAGAUACUAAAUAUUUUAGGAUUUUCUGUGCACUAGCAUGUUUUUACGCUUUCCCGAAAUGAACUGCUCAUCCAUCUGGCGCGUGAAUUUGGGUGUGUGUGUGUGUUUAUUUAAAUCCGCAGAUUUGGCAGGUUCAUAGACACUGCGUAUAAAUUCCCAGGUGAUGUAAUGGUGGAGCCCUGUUUAUUAGGAAUAAAUCAAUUAAUAAUAGACAAAUGCAUUCAUGCAUACAUACACAUACACUCUUAGUACGGACACGGACCUUUUUUAAUCUCUCGAGGCGGUGUCAUGUAGCAGGUGGUGAGAAAAUCUAAAAAAAAAAACAAAAAAAACAAAAUUGAUCAUAAAUCAAUACCCAGUCUCGAGCGCUAAGGUGUCCCAUGUCUGGGACCCUUUUGUGCUGGCUCGGUCACCGUGGCUCAGGAGUCAUGCAGGGACCGUUAACCCUCGUGCGUCCGCGCGCUUUCAGACGCACAGGGAGACUAAAACAAUAAGCGAGAGGACGAUGAGUUUUGCGCGAGCGGUUUACUGGGACUAGUGUUCAAGGCAAUCGAUACUUACUCUCCGGUGGAACUCCAAAUGUUUGGGGAAGCUGCUGAUUUGUGGAUGGUGUAUUGGUGGGUGGCACAACUGUGCAUAGUAGGUGGGUCAGUAGAAGAAAUCCCACCUUGGCCAUGCCCUCAGAAUUGUGAGUGCUUCCAUGAACCUCUUAAGGUCAACUGUUCCUCAUGUCACUUAAAUUCUGUACCGGAGGGUAUCCAUAAAAACACACAAAGCCUCAAUCUGGCCAAUAAUCUACUGAAUACACUUGGAAAACAUCAGUUCUCUGAUCUGGAACAACUUCAGGAAUUGGAUUUGAGUGAAAAUUUGCUGACAGUGAUCGAAGUGCAAGCAUUCUCUGGCCUGCAAAACCUUCUCAUUCUGAGGAUUUCCCAAAAUCGUCUGAAGGUCAUUUUGGUUGGAGUGUUCUCUGGACUUCAGAGUCUCCGUCUGCUGGACAUUAGUAAGAAUGAAAUCCUUGUGUUUCUCAAUGACAUGUUUUAUGAGAUGCCAUCUCUACAGAAGUUAGAAGUGAAUGAGAAUGAGCUUGUGUUUAUCUCAAAUCGUGCCUUCAGUGGCCUACUAUACCUUCAGGAACUUAACCUGGAUGGCUAUAACCUUACUUCAUUCCCAACUGAGGCACUGUCACAGCUUCCCAGGCUGGUGAGGCUGCGUUUCUCUCACACUGGUCUCACAGUGCUACCCAACAAUUCAUUUAGGCAGCUGACUCAGCUCAGGGAGCUGACAGUGUCCCAGUGGCACAGGCUGGAUACACUCUUACCUAAUAGCUUGACUGGAGUCAACCUUACCUCUCUGACACUCAGCUACUGCAACCUGAGCUCUGUGCCAUAUACUUCUUUGCGCCAUCUGGUUUAUUUACUCUACUUAGACCUGUCCUACAACCCUAUCACCUCCAUCCAGCCAAAUCUGCUCAGAGACCUUCUACGAUUGCAAGAGUUCCAUUUAGUUGGUGGAAAUCUCCAGAGGGUGGAACCAGGUGCUUUCCGUGGCCUUGUUCACAUUCGGCUAUUGAAUGUAUCAUUAAAUCAACUGUCCACACUGGAAGAGACUGUGUUCCAAUCAAUAGAGACACUUCAGGUACUUCGGCUGGAUGAGAACCCACUUGCUUGUGACUGCCGACUAUUUUGGGUCCUGCAGCGUCAUCUGCAUCUAAGCAGCGAUGAACAGCCACCUAAAUGUGCCUCACCUGUACAGGUGCAGGGUAGAACAUUCCAGGAUUUCACAGAGGCUGAGCUUCCAGUGUUGUUUACUUGUAGACAGGCGCGUAUACUAAAUCGCAAGCCACAGGAGAUGCGUGUGGAUGAAGGCCAAACAGUCCUGUUCCUUUGCCAAGUGGAUGGUGACCCGUCACCCUCGGUCAUCUGGGUGAGCCCUCAGCGGACGCUUCUGCCUACAACUGGUCGGAUCCGUGUGCUGUCCAAUGGAACUCUUGAGGUGCGUUAUGUACAAGUGCAAGAUAGUGGCAUCUACUACUGCUUUGCAUCCAAUGUGGCAGGGAAUGACACAAUUUCUGUUAGUCUGUGGGUGCGAAGAUAUAUGACUUCCUUAUCUCGGAAUCGCUCUGCCCACUUCUUUCUUGAUGGGUGGAGCUUUUCAUCCACCCAUCCACCAGUAAACGGCUCAUACAAUGCUCAGCCAUUUCCAUUUGACUUGAAGACACUGCUGGUUGCAGUAACAAUGGGCUUUCUGUCCUUCCUGAGCUCUGUGGCAGUUUGCUUUAUAUUUAUGUUCUUUUGGAGUCAGAGCAAAGGGCAGAUCAAACGCACAGCCACAAUUGACUUUGUACCUCACAGUACAGGAGCAGGAUCAGGGGGAGGACGGACCAGGAUGGAGACUGGCAGGUUUACCAUGAAGCUCAUCUAAUGUCUGAUGCUAAAAUGAAAGUGCCUGAUGAAGUGUUUAGGAGAUGCAAAAAAGUUCAUAUGAAUAUCAAGCCAUAGAAAAAGGGAAAUAUUGUGUUCACAUUUUGGUCUGGAUAUAGUAAUGGUGAUGAUUUUCAAGGAAGUAUGGGCAAACCCACAAAUGCAUGGAGUUUGGUUGAAACCUCUGCUACAGUUGCACUACGUUGUUCUAAAACGCAUGGGACAUGGUAAAGCUCUGAAAAUGAUUGCGGUGCAAGAAAAUCUAAGAUUAGAUUUUUCUGAUCUAAGAACAGAGAACAGCUUUUCAGGGCAUGAACGAGCAUAAGUGAUUAUUCUUUAUACACAGCAUGAGAGCAUGUGAGAAACACUUAGGAUUUACAAUUAGGAAAUUUACAACCAUUAAGAGUGGUGUAAGUAUGAAUGCCCAGGCAUGCAUGUAUGUUAUAGUAAAUUGUAGGGAUCUUUCUGUUUUUUUCAAUAAAUUGCUGAUAUCUACUGAUACAGUAUGGAACACACAAGAUCAUAACAUGCCAUUUAAUAUAUAUUAAACAAAAUAAAUAAAAUGUAGAACCAGAAUAAAUUAUCUAUGCAGAAAGCUUUCAUUCAGUGAACCUGUGAUUGGGUUGUGAUUGUAUAUUGUCUGUCUGUCUUGGACUGAAUGAAUAAAAGUUUUUUUGGUCAGUUUAUAUUAUUUAAAAUAAUAUAUAAAAAAAGUUGCAUUUUGUUUUUUUCUUGCUUUUUCUGUAAAGUUUUGUCUCUUUUGUGCAGGAAAUUUAUCUAGGAUCCUGUAUGAGCAAUUUAAGACCUUGGACAUAUCACUGAGAUUUUUGAGAAUUUGGAAGCCACCAUGAACUCUUUGUCAUGUUCCCCAAACUAUUCCAGAGCAAUACUGUUUAUGAUGAAUGGGUGUACAUGGUUUGCAACAAUGUUCAGAUAGGUGGCAUGUCUCAAUGUAACAUGCACAUGAAUUCCAGGACCCAGGGUUUCCCAGCAGAACAUUAUAGAGCAGAACAUUGUAGAGCUUCUGCCAGCUUACCUUCUUCCCAUGGUACAUCCUGGUGCCAUCUCUUCCCAAGGUAAGCUAAGCACAUGCACUUGGCCAUCCACAAGAUGUAAAAGUAAACAUGAUUCAUCAGACUAGGCCAAGUUCUUCCAUUACUCCAUGGUACAGUUUGUAUGAUCACAUGUCCAUUCUAGGACAGUAGGACAGUUUUAAUGGAGGACAUGGGUCAGCAUGGGCACUCUGACUGGUCUGCAGCCAAGAAGCCCCACACACAGCAAGCUGCUAUACACUGUGUGUUCUGUCACUUUUCGAACAUAGCCAGAAUCGAUAAUAAUUUGCACUAUAACAGCUUUUCUGUGGGAUCAGGCUAGAUGAUCCCUACACAUAUCAAUAAGCCUUAGGCACCAAUGACCCUGUCACUGGUUCACCAGGUGUCCUUCAGUUUCAGAUAAAAAAAACCAUCUAGUCUUCAGCUGUCCAAUAUGUGUGAGCCUGUGCCCAUGAAAGCCUUGUUCUUGGCUGAUAAUAGGGGAACCUGAUGUCCUGUCAGCUCAGACCACUCGGGUCAUUCUCCUCUAAACUAAUAAACAAAGUGCAGACCCUCUGUUCUAGAGACUGUGUGUCAAAAUCCCAGGAGAUCAGCAGUUUAUGAAAUAAUAAAUCUAGCCUAUUUGUGCAUUGUGUUGCUACCACAUGAUCAACUGAUUGGAUAGGGGCAUCAAUGGGGACAGGGUCAUCUGCAGGUUGAUAGUGGGUAUGGAAUUUAGAAUUUGGGUUUCCUCACAGCAUUCAUAGGACAUGCAAUUGGUGUCUUAUGCUCUGUUUUAUAACAAUUUUGCUGUCUUCCUGUAUUUCUUAGUUUUCUAUAGGCCUGAUUAAUUUUCUGAACCAUGAUACCCAAUACUCACCAUUAAUUGUCCAUUAGUUUGGAUGCUGUCACUGUCCCUGUGCGGGGCUCGAACCCGGACCUCCGUGAUGGUGCGUGCGCCUGCAUGCCAUGGAAGACCCAAGUGCAGGAUUCAGCGAAGCACUGCUUUAUUUACACAAACACACGACAUAGGGCAGACUAAGCUAACACUAGACAAAACAUGACAAAGAAACAAACAAAACCUAAAACCUGGCUGAGAACAUGAACAUAGCAUAAACAUAAACAAAAAAAACAUUAAACACAAAAACCACAGUGUAGAUAACAAUGACCUAAAAAGAUAGCUUAAUGCACUUAUCUCACCUCUUUCUACUCCAUGUACCAUACUCUAGCUGGGUGGAGCCACUAUCUCUCAAGGUACAAGGAUGACAUGCACUUCUUGUCCUGCAAGUCCUGAGUUGUACUGGGGUUAUAACAGACUUCCCCUGGCUGUCCAAAUGGCUGAAGUCACUAGCCAGUGAGAAUGGAACCCAAUUUAUUAGAGCUCCCCUAAGACUGAAGUGGCAUUGCUUUUAUUUGAAGUACUUUUGGCCCAUGUGAUUUUGUGGCUCAUAUCCAAGCUUAUGGCAGCAGUGAAGCAUGAACAUAGUAAGUUGGUGUUGUUAGGUUUGGGAUCAGUGUGGUACCAGCAUGAGCAUGGAUAAUAUGAGAUGACAUUAAAUCAUGUAAGGAUGAGGUCCCAUCAGACCUUUUCUUGGGGUUAAUUGCUUUAUUGUUUUAUAGUAUUUAAUGUUCUUGAGGUCAGUACAUACAAUGAAAGGGUUUUCAACAAGUAGCUUCUUGUUACUUAUAAUGUCUUUCUGUAGAGAUCUGUUAGAUUAGACCAGGGUAUUUUAAAAUAAGGGAUUGUGCUUGAGAAGGGAAUGAGAUUGCAAUUAUCAGAUAUUAUGCAAUUAUCAGAAUUUCAGAUCAAUUUUUGCAAAUCCUAGAAAUGUCUUUACGUAUUUGAUUUUCUGGGCAGUGGACAACUCUGUUACUGCUUGGAUCUUGGCUUUGUUGGGUGAACUGGGGUAGGGAGUUGAUGUAGAAGGCAUCAUCAAUGCAGGCUAUACUAAUUCUUCUGAGAAUGUAUAUCAAGAAAGAACAGGUCAUUUGUAGAUGUAUAUCACCAAAUUAGCCCUCAGCUUUCACAUUUACAAAACAUUUUGUUACAAAUAGUGGAACCACUGCUUCGUUUUGUCUUCUCUUUCUAUUCCUUUUGAUUUUAGGUACCACCCACCAAUGACUCUUACUGGAUACGCGGCUGUCACUCAUUAUUUGUCUAACAAUGACAUCCCCAUUCUCCUCCAAUCAUGUCUCUGCGGGAAGCUUUAAAAAGCACAAGCGGCAUCAGGAACAGAUCAGCUGAGCUGGGGAGGGACUGAGCUGUGAUCAGCUGUGGUGUCGGGUUAUCACGGUGUUCGUAUUUUGAUUGUGGUACCUAUGACCAUUACAUGUUGACUUUGAAGUCAUGUUCCGAUUUGGUAUGGAUUGAAUGAUGCCGAUGUAUGUAUGGAAGAGCGCAGUAACAAGCAGAGGGAGACCAGGAACAGCCUAGCAGGGCACGUGCCAUACAUAUCCACACACAGGACAUAUCUUGUAUUAGACACACUAGGGUAGUGGUGUGCGCUAAUUCUGUAUUUUUGUUUUGUCAGGUAGUGUAAGUUCAGGGCGCAUCUGCACUCAAGACUUUUUCCUUUUCUUUUUUUUAGUUAGAGAAUUGGGAGGAGUUAGUGGGAUGUUUUUGUUAUAUUUCUUUCUUUGAUUUUAGCACCACUUUAAGUUCCUUCUCCCUUUUGUCUUGGUUGCAUUAUUGUUUCAUUAUUUGGUGCAUACAUAUACAUUUAUAAAUAUUCGUUAGGAGAAAUAAAUCUUUGUUGGUGCUAACUGGUGUCUUGCGUUUCCCUUGCCGCCCUCUACCUUAGUUUUCUUUUCUUAUGGUCACCUCAAUGUUACUAUUAAAUUCCUAGACCUAAUUUCAGCCAGAGUUGUAACAAUUUACAAUUAUUUAUUUUGCAGACAUCUUUACCCUUAUGUGACAGAACACAAACUCAGUUUUCCAUCAAAUUACCAUAAACAAAUGACCCACAAAAAGACCAAAGAAUACAAGUUAAAAAGGCAAUAAUAUCUCUAUGGGAUGUGGGGGCAGACUGUGGGGAAAUUAACAAAUUAAUGGGAGGCACACCUGUCUCUUAUUGUGCCUUUCCCUUUUAUUUGUGACUUUUCCUCAUGAUUGCUGGUAGGUAGAAGAAGCCAAUGUGUCAGCUAGCCCUUUACUGAGAUACUGGGUAUAGUGAUACAUUUUGUACUAUAUAGGUUCCAUACAUCUAUAACAUUAUGAAACAUUAUCAAAUAUCAGUACACUUUUUUUGGUUAAAAUAUUUCAUAAUCCCAGUAAUCGGCACAGUGUAAGUCUGAAACCUUGGCUGCUAACACACUUACAGGUAUGUGUGACCAUAACAAAGUGUGGGGCAAGCAGUGAGACAUUGGGCCUUCUGAAGGGGACACCCAACCCCUCACCUUCAGCCACUUGCCCACUAGGAUAGUCAUGAGACAAUACUUCAAAGAAUAAAUUUGAUUAGUUGGGAGUGAUUAAUGGGUAAAAUCUCCAAGGUAGGACAAUAGUUUCCUGAUUUUUUUGUUGUUCAAGAAUUUGAAAUUGAAAUGAGGCACUCAAACCUGAACCUCCAUGACUCUGUUGGGCACUGCUUUUCACAUCGAUCAAGUCAGCAGAGGCAGUGUGGUGCUAUGGGCAAUGUUCUUCUGGGAAAGCUUGGGUCUUGACAUUCAUAUGGAUGUUGCUUUGAUACCUACCACAACCUAAACAGUGUUGCAGACCAAGUACAGCCUCUUCAAUGCAAAGGUGUUUCUUCAUGGCAAUGGUCUCUAUCAGCAGGAUAAUGCACCCUACCACACUGUGAAAGUUAUUCAGGAAUGGUUUGUGGAACAUAAUAAAGAGUUAAAGACUUCCAAAUUCCCUAGAUCUCAAUCUGAUUAAGCAUGUGUAAAAUGUAACAAGCAUUUUCCCAAUUCUUUUUGUCUGUUUUAAUGCUAAAUAAAUGCCUUAAAGUAAUGAUUUAAAUUCUUCAACAUGCAACAUUCUUCAUCCUGCUUUUUCUUGUCUAAAAUCUUUUCACAUAUCCCUCUCUCACCAACUCACCUCACAGCUUUUGUAUUUACAUGAUGUUUAGACUCUUCACUUUGUCAUUUGGCAGCCGCAUUAAUCCAGAUGUACAGACAUGAAAAACAGAACAUCUUAACCCUUUUAUAUAUUUUUUAAAUUAUCAAUGAAAUUAAUGAAAGAUGCUGGUAGGAAGGACAAAGAAUAAUGACGAGUAUGAAGCAGUCGGAGUCAUAAUCUGAAUCAGAAAACAUAAUCACAUUACCUGUAUAACCCAUAACCUGAGCAAACUUUUGGUCUUUUAUGAACUGCCAUGACGUCUUUAGUCAAAAAGUACAGGCUCUUUGUAGGUCAUGUUAUAUUUACAUGACAUUUACAUUCUUUGCCUUAAAACAUACCAUAGCUACUUAAAAGGAACACGUUUUCCAUCAAAUUACCAUAAACAAAAGACACACAACCACACGCAAGGAUUUCACUAAAUGCUGGAGUCCAGCAGUGCUAUAGCCACAAGUCACAAUUAACCUACUGUGACCUCCACUAAUAUUGUCAUUCUUGGUAAAUAUAAACGAAGAAUAAUAAAAUA